GACCCUGCAGCCCUCUGGGAGGUGGAUUAGUUUCCCAACGGCGCUCAGCUGAUGCGGAUUUGGAGUGAAAACCCGCGGAGCCGCUGAGGCCGGAGCGGCGCGGCUCUCAGCGGCUCACAGGGAGGAUUUCUAGUUUCUCAACUCCUUUAAUAGGCCUAUUGUUUGGACAUUUUUCCAUCAGAUUAGAGGUGAAGUUUAGAGUGUAAAGAACGGAGCCGUUCUCUAAUCGCCCGUCCAGCCAGAGAACAUAAACCAGAGCGCGGCGUUCCUCCUUCCCUCUGGAAACGCUCUCUGCUCGCUCCUUCCUUUGCCUUUCGCUCCGUUUUCAAUUUCUACUAGAAUCAUUCAUCAAACCUCCUCGCUUCCCUGGAUCUGCAGCCAGAAUGGAUGAAAUCAGCCGGCUGCUGGGCGCCAUGGGCCGCGCCCGCAGCGACACCCUCUCCUCUGAUGCCACGCAGUCCACUGGCAGCAAGCUGGCCCUGCGCCACCGCCUCAGCCAGCUGAUGACCUGCCUGGACGACCUGGACCCCAAGUCUGAGCUGCAUGAGAAAGUGGUGCGGACCCUGGACGGCGCCUUUCUGUCCUGCUCCAAGAGCGCCAGCAAGCCCAGGAAGAAGAGCUUCAGACUUCACAUGGUGACGUGGAACGUGGCGACUGCUGAUCCUCCUGCUGACGUGGCCUCGCUCCUCCACCUGAACUCGCCAAAGACCGCAGACCUCUAUGUCAUCGGCCUGCAGGAAGUUUACUCCGGACCGCUGAGGUUUGUGUCAGACAUGAUCUUCGACGAUCCGUGGAGUCAGCUGUUCGUUUCUACGCUGGCGCCGCGGGGUUAUGUGAAGGUGUGGUCCAUCAGAAUGCAGGGUCUGCUGCUGCUCUUCUUCUCCAAGCUGGAACACGUCCCCUUCAUCAGAGACAUCCGGGCCGCCUUCACCCGCACCGGCAUGUUUGGUUACUGGGGGAACAAAGGCGGGGUUUCCGUCCGUCUGUCCUUCUAUGGACACAUGCUCUGCUUCCUUAACUGCCACCUGGCUGCUCAUAUGAACUACGCCAGUGAACGGGUGGAGGAGUUUGAGUACAUCAUGGAGACGCAGACGUUUGAUUGUAAGAAAGCUCCCAGAAUCGUCGACCACAGGCUGGUGUUCUGGUUCGGAGAUCUGAACUUCAGGAUCCAGGACCACGGCAUGCACUUUAUCCGCUCCUGUAUCAACAACCAGACCUACGACCUGCUGUGGAGUCGCGACCAGUUGACGAUGCUGAAGAAGAAGGAGCCGCUGCUGCAGGACUUUGAAGAAGGACCUCUGGACUUUCAGCCGUCCUAUAAAUUUGAUUUGAAUUCAGACACUUAUGACAGCAGGCUCUACGCAUCAUGGUUUGGCUUUAACGCGAAGAAGCGAAAACCGGCGUGGACCGACCGCAUCCUGUGGCGGGUCCGACCCAAAUCCCCGCCCCCCGAGGAGCAAAACGUCCUGAAGGAGAGGAAGCAUAAUGAGGAAGAGGAGCACCCCCUGCAGGUCAGGCUGAACCUCUACACCAGUAAGAUGGAGUACAGCGUCAGCGACCACAAACCUGUCAUCGGCGUCUUCACCCUGGAGCUGAGCAGGAAGCAGCAGACUCCUCUGGUGAGUCUCCGCCCAGAGGGCGACUGGAGCGCAGACAUUGACUGCCUGGCUCUCUACUGCCCCCUGCAGCCCUUCCCGUCCAGCAGCUGGGACUGGAUCGGACUCUAUAAGGUUGGGUUCGGCGGCGUGUCGGACUACAUCACCUACGCCUGGGUGAAAGACAACGAGGCGGCGUUUAACGGGGAGCUGAUGCAGGUGUUUGUGAGUAAAGAGGAGAUCCCUGUUCGGGGGGGAGACUGUGUCCUGUGUUACUAUAGCAACAACCUGCGCAGCAUCAUCGGAGUGAGUGAGCCGUUCAAGGUCCAGGAGUCGAAGGUCGCGGUGGCGGAAGGCCUGUUUCCUGAGAGGAUCAGCAGGCUGGACGAGAUGACCAGAAACCAGGAGUUCUGACUGAAACGGCUCACAGAUGUGGAGUCAUGGCGCUCAGAGGGCACAUCAGGAAUCCCACCUCCACGCCACUCGCUUCCUUUCUCUGCUCUGGUUGCUCUCCUGGAAGGAUGACGGACAGCUGAACCUUCUAAUAUGUUUUAAUAUGAAUGUGGGUUUAAUGAGCCUGGCUAACGGCUAACGGCCCAGAGAUGAGGAUGAGGAUCCAAGCAGGGAUGAAGGACGUCGCUGUUUUAGAUCCACAGCUGCCCUCCAGGUGACUCAAUCAGAAGGGAAGCCAUCUUUCCUUCCUCCAUGCUUCAUCAGAAAUAUCAGCGUCCAUCUUUUCCUCUGAGCAUCGACCUGUUUCACAGAAUCUUUCCUGGUUUGGGAUCCGAUCGUUUCUCCUGUCGUGUCCCGGAUGUUGUCCGUUCUCCAUGUCUGUGGUUUUAAUGAGAUUCUUGCUGCUCUGAUUGUUUAUUUUUAGUUUUUUUUUUUGUAGAACUGAUCUGCUGCAUAAAGAUGGCCGACCGUCUGAAUUUUAAAGCUCUUCAGUCGUCGUCUCGCCGUUUGAAGCAGAAAUCGUUUCCUUUUCAUGCAGGUUGUUGCAUCACUGUAAACUUUAACUUCAUUUGCACUGUUUGAAAUGUUGUGAUAUAAAUAUUUAAAAGCUGUCGUUAUUUUGAAGGACUUCCUCUUUAAUGAAUUUAUCAGUUCAUUAAGUGCCUUUUAGAUGAUUGUCUGAACUGAUGCUGCUUUCUGGAACUUUAUCGCCCGGCGGCGGCGUUUUUUUUUUCCACUUCUGAUCUGAAUCUUUCUGCUCGCUGGAUUUUCUCCUUUUAGAAACUUUGUUUUAUUUCACCUGUUUUUAAAUGUUCUGUAACCAAACUAAAUGACAACAUUAUGACUUUUAAAAGAUAAAUAUUAAACAGUUCCAACCUCA